CUGUCCAGAUGACAGCGCAGACCGCGCGAUCAUCGACGCAGAUGUCAGCCAGAAUAAGUCCAUGCAGCGGGCGGCCUUGGGCUAACCAACCACCCUCCACUCAAUUCAGUUGACUGACAUCAUGACUAUUACCGCCGCCGUCAUGAUGACUUGCCUCGUGCAUAACCCAUAGCGUUGCCUUCCCCCAGUAAAUCAGCCAGAUGCAGGGUAGGUAAACAAUGUUUCGCCUUUCCCUUAACAACUUUUGCCGUCAAAGCAUAGCAGCAACAACACCAUUAUCAAGGCUACCCGUACAGCACCACUCCUUCACCACCUCGCAGACACGACACGCUAGCAAGAAGCCCACCAUGUCGAGCACUGUGUCGAGCAUUGUAGAGAACGUGCAAACCACUCUCUCAGAGAACUUUGGCCGUUCCGCACAGGCUGCCGCGCCCACGGGCACUCACUUCUCGCUCGACGAUGUUCCAGAUCAGACUGGCAAGGUUGCCGUGAUCACGGGUGGCAGUGAGGGAAUUGGAUAUGGCUCCUCGCACACUCUCCUUUCCAAGAACAUCUCCAAAAUCUUCAUCAUCAGCUUGUCAAAAGAAGUCGUAGAGGGCGCCAAGAAGUCCGUCGCCGAAGAGCUCGGCCAGGAUAAAGCAGACCGUACUCAUUGGUACCAAUGCGACAUGGGUGACUGGAAGAAGGUUGCGGAAGUGUCACGAGAGAUCGCCAAACAAACAGACAGAGUGGACAUCCUCAUCAACAACGCCGCACGAGGCAUCAUGACCUACCAACUUACCGACUACGGCGUCGACCGCCACAUGGCAGUCAAUCACAUGGGCCACGUCAUCCUCACCUCUCACCUCCUCCCGCUCAUGAAGAAGACCGCGAGUAACGGCAGCAAGGUGCGGAUCGUCAACUUCGCCUCGAACGCCCACGAGUCCUCGCCCAAGGACACGCAGUUCAAAUCCAUCGACGAUCUGAACAAGGAUCUAGGCGCCAUGCCGCAGUACGGUCGCGCAAAGUUGACCUCAAUCCUGUACAGCAAGUACCUGAACCGGCAUCUGACCAGUCAGCACCCGAACAUACUGGCGAACGCGGUACAUCCGGGUGUCGUGAAGACGAAGAUGAGUCAAGAGGACAUCCACGAGCCAUACCCGCUCGCCGGGUAUAUGAUGAGUGUCGGUCUUACGCCAUUCAAGAAGGAUCAGUUCGAGGGUGCCCUGUCUUGCAUGUAUGCGGCCACCGUCACGACGAACUCGGGCGAGUAUAUCUGCCCGCCGGCUACUGUUGAGCCUGGUAGUGAUUUGGCGAAUAAUGAGCAGCUUGGAGAGGACUUGAUGAAGUUGACCCGUGAUCUCAUCACGGAGAAGACGAAGAAGGAUAGUGUGGACAAGGGCUGCCCCAUGAAGGACUACUAGACUCUAUCUUUCGGCGGGGUUGAUAUUGUAUUUGUGCAUAGCACGGCCUGUGUAUCGCUUAGACUGUACGAUAGAAACGUACGGCAUACCAAAG